CUGUCAGUUUGUGUCUCUGUGGGAACAUCUGUGCAGCGACAUAUCUAAUCUGCACGUCAGCAACGGGCAAAGGAAUUCAGAUUAAAAAAGAAAAAAAGAAACAUUUCCUCAACUUUGGUGAUGAAGUUUUAAGUCUUCUUUUUUGCUGUUGUUUGGGCCCAAAUGUAAAUUGUCAGCUGUUGGACGUCCCGUGUGAAUUUGCGUUGCCAUUUUUUACAAAAAAAAGAAAAAGACCUGACCUUGGCCGGGAGAUGGAGGGCUAUGGAUACGAGCACUUUGGUGCGGAAGGAACGAGGGAGAGCCAGACGGUGGAUUACAGACGAAUCGUGGGGGACACCGAGCCUCUUCGCACAGGUGCCGGAUCGGCCGAGUGCGAGCAGUACGUUCGGCAAACCUCCCACGGCCACGAAACUGCGGCCCAGCGAUACAGUGCCACGCGCAUCCAGGCCGGACUCGGCCCAGAGAGCAUGGCAGAUUACCUAAUCAGUGGCGGCACAGGCUACGUACCCGAGGACGGACUCUCGGCCCAGCAGCUCUUCUCGAUCGGAGACGGCCUGACGUACAACAGAUCUGACCAACAGUGCGUUGUCUCCGAUGGUCACACGGCUGCAGAGCUAUGCUCUAAAGGAGAUGGGUUGACUUACAAUGACUUCCUGAUUUUGCCCGGUUUCAUCGAUUUCACAUCGGAUGAAGUGGACCUGACGUCUGCACUGACCAGGAAGAUCACGCUGAAGACCCCGCUCAUCUCCUCGCCCAUGGACACCGUCACAGAGUCGGCCAUGGCUAUCGCGAUGGCGCUCAUGGGAGGCAUCGGCAUCAUUCACCACAACUGCACGCCAGAGUUUCAAGCCAAUGAGGCUCGCAAGGUUAAGAGGUUUGAGCAGGGUUUUAUCACAGACCCGGUGGUGAUGAGUCCACACCACACGGUCGGGGAUGUGUUUGAGGCCAAAGUAAGACAUGGCUUCUCUGGUAUCCCUGUCACAGAGACAGGCAAGAUGGGCAGCAAAUUGGUGGGCAUCGUCACCUCCAGAGAUAUUGACUUUCUUUCCGAGAAAGACCACAAAAAACCUCUGGAGGAGGCUAUGACUAAGAGGGAGGAGCUAGUUGUGGCUCCAGCCGGCGUUACACUGAAAGAAGCCAACGACAUCCUGCAGCGCAGUAAAAAAGGCAAGCUUCCGAUCGUCAACGACAACGACGAGCUGGUGGCCAUCAUCGCGAGAACGGAUCUGAAAAAGAACAGGGACUACCCGCUGGCCUCCAAGGACUCGCGCAAACAGCUGCUGUGCGGCGCCGCCAUCGGCACCAGGGAGGACGACAAGUACAGACUGGACCUGUUGGUGCAGGCUGGAGUGGAUGUUGUCGUUCUGGACUCCUCACAGGGCAACUCGGUCUAUCAAAUCAACAUGAUAAAUUAUAUUAAGCAGAAGCAUCCCGAUCUGCAGGUGGUAGGAGGAAACGUGGUCACGGCGGCUCAGGCCAAGAAUCUCAUCGACGCUGGUGUCGACGCUUUAAGAGUCGGAAUGGGCUGCGGCUCCAUCUGCAUCACACAGGAAGUCAUGGCGUGCGGGCGGCCUCAGGGGACCUCCGUGUACAAGGUGGCAGAGUACGCCAGGCGCUUCGGCGUGCCGGUCAUCGCCGACGGCGGCAUUCAGACCGUGGGUCACGUGGUGAAGGCUCUGUCACUCGGAGCAUCGACUGUCAUGAUGGGCUCGUUGCUAGCGGCAACCACCGAGGCUCCAGGGGAGUACUUCUUCUCAGACGGCGUGCGGCUUAAAAAGUAUCGCGGCAUGGGCUCCUUGGACGCCAUGGAGAAGAGCACCAGCAGCCAGAAACGCUACUUUAGUGAGGGUGACAAGGUGAAGGUCGCCCAGGGUGUGUCCGGCUCCGUUCAGGAUAAGGGAUCCAUCCACAAGUUUAUACCUUACCUGAUCGCUGGUAUUCAACACGGCUGCCAGGACAUCGGCGCCAAGAGUCUCUCUGUCCUCCGUUCCAUGAUGUACUCCGGGGAGCUCAAGUUCGAGAAGCGCACCAUGUCUGCACAGGUGGAGGGAGGCGUUCACGGUCUCCACUCUUACGAGAAGCGGCUUUACUGAGCAGGCGGUGUCUGAGAGUACACGUUAACGUAACGGUGCCCAAAAAUGUUAAACUGCCACCUCUGCACCCUCUCUCUCUCUCCACUCUCUCCACUCUCUCCUUCCCUCACCUUGUUGCAUCCACUGUUGCUUCCUCUGAUCCUCGGGGGAAGACUGAGGUUGCAAAGUGUGAUUCUUCAAAACUGACACCGACUCUCGGAAACACCUGUGGGAUUUUUGCACUCAAGAAGCGGCGCAUCAGGGUUUUCAGAAUGACACACACUCACUCACUCACUCACUCUCACACACACACACACACCUGUGUCUUGAGCAACCUGAUCCCAGUUAGUGUGUGUGUGUCGACCACAGUGGGAGAAUGACUGUGUGAAAGGAAACAGUGUAAUGUGUGUGUUUUUUGUACACGUUUUAUUAUCGUCGUCAUGGUGCAGAAACCCCAUCAGCUUCUUCUUCUUCUUCUUCUUCUUCUUUCUUCGGCUUCUAUGCUAACCGGCGUGCUCCCUGAAGAUCGGAAGAUCGAACACUUGUCUGUGUGCAUCGUGUCGGUGUAUAAAGAUAAAAUCUACUCAGAAAAGGUAGCUGCUCCUACGUCAGUGCUUAUUGUUUACUUUUUUUUUUUGUUUGUAUUGUGGAUCAUGAGGUACAAGAUGUGCGUCGCGUUAUAAUCCUCCACUUUCACUUGAAACCCGUACGUCUAGCUCAAGCCCGCGUGAGUCCUAUAUUUUUUUUUUUGCGCAGGAUUAGGGUAUUUAUGUUUUUAUGACGGGGGGGCGGGGACCAAAAAGCAUACGUUUGUCAAUCAAGAAUGGAACACAAUGAGGAUUUAAUGGUCUUUUGUUUGCUCUGAUCAUUUAAAUGGCGUUGGAUCAGGCUUUCUAUGAAACCUGUGUAGUCUGCGGGGCCUUGAAUCGAGCAUGACGCUCGCGUUGGGUGGGGGUUUGAUAUGCAUGUUUGUUUUUUCACUUAGCCAGACGUGGCUUUAUUUAUAUUCUGCCUCUAAUUGUAAUUGCAUACAUACUGCCAAGUGUAUUUACACUUCUUCUGACUUCCUCCUCUUUUCUUUCCUUUUCAUUUCUUUUGUAAAUGAAAAACACAAACUCGCUCGUGACCCCGUCGCCCGUUCAGUCCCGCGUAACGUUCUGUGUGGCUGUUACUCACGUUUCUUUUCACCGGAGAUAUGCCUUGAAUCGGGGGACGGAUUAUUUAAAAAA